CCAUCUAGUGCCAGUGUGAGCCUCUCCCUCACCAGCUGAACAACAACCAUAUACAUCUCCCGAGGCUCGCUGCUCAUAUUUUCCUGAGCGAAACUCAACAGCUGAAAAUUUGUUCCUUAGGACAUCGACGCAUCCAGAUCGACUCCCCAGGCUCUUAAACAUUAUCUUUGAGGGACAAUGAAGACUUGUAUGCAAAUGAAGGUGGUGGUUGUGGUGGUGGUGAUGGCAGGGCUGGCUGCCAGCCUCCCUGUCGACCACGACAAGAGCAUCAAGGACCAGGUGAAGGACCUGAAGGAAAUGGGCUGCCAACCUGUGCUGAAGAAGGUGCGAGUGGCCGACCUCCUCCACUCCGCGGACGACCUGGUUGACAUGCUCACGUUCUACCCUCAAGUUGUGGCGGUCCGUCAGUGCGUGGAGGACUGCAGCUUCUGCGGCACAAACCACGGCGUUAUCCACGGCCGCUGCGUCGCCACCGGCAGCCACGACAAGACGAUCGUCGUCGCUUACUACGACAACAGCACCCCGACCAAGAAGCUCCACCGGAAACUGACUGUUGUGGAACACACACAGUGUGGCUGCAGUCGUUGAGGUGUCAACUCUGCUGCUCCUGCUGCUUCUGUUCACUCCUGAGGGAGACGCAGACGCAGCACAGCGCUGGAUAUACACAUUAAUCAUUGUUCCUGCUUGCGGUGCUGCCAUCUCACUAAGGAACUCCCAGCACUCGUCUUCAGAGCCCAAGAUAACGCUGAUGUGCGUUACGUCGUGUGGCAACAGUGACGUAUAGAUGUUGCAAUACAAGACGUUUGUCAACGCAAACACGUGUGGCAACAGUCAUGCGUGGUUUAUGGCAAGAGUGAAGGGUAUGGGAAUGGCUACGCGGAUGGCAGCGAGUGAAGGUGGGCGAGGCGGGAAACUCCGUUGUCAACAUGGCCGCCAACCCGCUACUGCCGGCUUUAAAUUCAUCAGCAUCACCAAAGAAUAAAUCAUCGUCAGCCUCAUCAUUUACAAACAACCAUUGUGAAAUAAACAACCUUCAUGAUGAAGUCAAAAAGUUCCAGGCAGUCUUAAAGUACAAUCCAACGAAACUAAACACUUAUUCCCUUUAAUUAGGUAGUCAACACAUGGAUUACCUCACUGAAUGACCUAAUCCAAUAUCAUAUACACGAGUCGUACUCGUAGUGAAUUGACUGAUAAAGAUUAAGCCACUCAAGAGCUCAUAGUCGACUUGUACCUUUGUUUAAUAAUUGUCGAGACUGCAGACAAAAUAACUAUUCAUAAUAUUUAUGUAAAAUUAUUUAUAUUACCAAAAGCUGUGAUACACUUAUUAGAUUGUUAAGUACUAUUUAAAUAAAUUUUAUUUUUGUU